CAUAAUAUUGGGCUUAAACGUAAUAGAUUCUUUUUUGUUUUGUGAAUAAUGAAAGCUUGCUAAAGUACGAUUAAUUUUAAUUGCCAGAAAAUAUAAAUACCAAAUAUCAGAAUACAAUGCCACAACAGAGAAGCAAGGCUGUGCAACCAAAAUACCGGAAAAUUAUAGUGCCACCGAAAAAAUAUUUUACCAUUUAAUGUGAUUCCCAAUUAAGCCAAAAUUCGUAUUUAAGGCUUUUUUUUCAAGCCAGCAGCAACGAAAAAGUAGUACGAAUUCUGUGUAACAAACAAAAAAAACAAAAGCAAAGCCAAUUAACUGAAGUUGUAUAAAAUCUAAACAAAAAUAAAUACAUAAAAUUACAAACUAACUAAAGCGAAAAAAAUAUAUAAUAAUAAAGUAAAAAUACCGUUAAAUCCCCGUGGGAUCGGAGCUAAAGACUGCAGCUUAAUUGCGUGAUAUAAAUUUGGAAUGACUUUUUACUGUCGUAAUCUAAAGUAACACAACAAGGACAAAAAUGUAUUAAUUUAAGUUUAUUGGCAUUUUUUGCGACGCUGGAGCGGCCCCAACAUGAGCCAUGGAGAGCCUGGGCUUGGGCAGCAGGCGCAACAAUGGCGGCAACUCUGCCGCCACGCCCACGGCUCCAUCGACGGCCGGGGGCGGUGUGGGAAAGGUUUUGGUUCAUUCAAAGCUGAAGACACAGCCGCAGCAGCAGCUUUCCAAUCAGAACUAUUACACGCAGCAGCAGACACAGCUGCAGCGCCUUAAGCAGCAGCAACAAAAGCUGCAGCAACAGCAGCAACAACAGCAGCAGCAGCAGCAACAACAGCAGCAGCAGCAACACCAGCAGCAGUGCCUUCAGUUUCCGCCUUCGCCGGACUAUCCCCCACCGCAUACCGCAGCUGCUGGUUCACCGGUAAGCAGCUCCACCCAAAACCGAAGACAGCUACUGCCCCGCUAUCCCGAUCCCGAUCCGGAUGCCAUCGAGGUAUGCAAUGAUCCCAGGCAGGAGACCUCGCCGCAUCAUCUCAAGCAGCUGGCGGCGCGGCAUAGCAAGAGUCUGGGCAGGCUGCAGAGCUCAUUAGUGACCCAUCAGCCGCAUCAUGACUACUCCUAUGCCUACUAUGAGCCCGGUGCCGCCAUGAGGCACUCACCUGGCACAGGAGCAGCAGGAGCAGGAGGAUCAGCAGCAGGGGCAAUCUCUGCAGCAUCUGUUCCAACGGUGGCCAGUAGCUCCUCUUGCUCUUCCACCGCAGAGACAUCACCGCCGCCGCCAAACUCGAUACGAGCUCUGCUCUCCAAGGGCAAGAAGAACAAGCAGCUCGUGAGUCCCGCCACCCUGCAAUCCUACCAGACGCGCUACCACAAGUUGGCCACCACAAGAACGACACCUGGUCAGAGCGAGAACUUCUACGAGGAGAUCAAUGCAGCUGCUCUGCACACCACCAGCAGCAGUAGCAUCGCCAUUACCUCGUUGCAGGGCACAAUGGGUUCCCAAUCUGCAGGAUCCUUGGGCCAGAGCCUGGUAGAGGAGGAACUGCGUCGAGUGCAGAGUCGCCAUCACAAGAUUCUAGGCGAACUGAAUCUCAGUGUGGAGGCCAUGCUAAUGCCGGAAAGUCCACCCAAGUCAUUGGUGGAGCAGCCGGCAGCAGGGACUGGAGCAUCAUCAGGACAACCAGAGCCAAGUGUGAGUGUAACGGCAGCCAGUGGACAGCCGCCAAGCAUUCUGGCACGUCUCACCUCCGCCUCGGCGGAUAAUAUCUGUGAUAGGAGUGAAGGAGCAGGUGGAGCAGGAGGAGCAGGAGCAGGAGCAGGAAGAGGAGGAGUGGGAGCCCGAAGGGAUCAACUGCUAGUCAGUGCCGAUCUGGAUAGCGGCUUCAGCGGCAGCAGCGGUGCCAGCUACAUAGGAAGCCUGCGUCUCAGCAAAUCCCAGCACAUCAAGUGUGCCCGGCAAGCGCCCACGACGGUCACCCAAAGCUGUCGAUCCUUCCAGCGAGCUGCCACCGUCUACGAUGAGACGGGAAUGGGUAUCGGUUCGAGUGCGGGCUCGGGAUCAGGAUCGAGUAGCACCUGCGGAAGCAGCUUCCUGGCUCGCGCCUCCUGCGGCCGGCGAAUCCUUAGCUGUGCCAAAAUAAGGGCCGCCGAGGAUCCGGGACCUAACCAUCAUCAUCGAAUCACUGGACAUCAGACUAUGCCGGCGGUGCAGGCCACAACCACAACGGGCACGGAGUCCAAGGCCAGGAGUUUUUGGAGUCGCAAAGGAUGGCGAAAACUGCCAGGAUUUUCAACCUCUACUUCUAGUAUCAACGAUGCGGGUCUAACGGAUGAACACAAACUGAACUCUGGCUCAUGGGAGGAUACCUUGGACGAGCCUCAGCACCACCACAACCACAACCACCACCACCAGCAUCACCACGCUCAUCUCAGCCAGAGGCGCCAGCAGAGCACCUUCAUCGGACCACCGCAGUCCAGUGUCAGCAUCACCACCGCUCAGCUACACAGUGCUUUUAGUCGACGGAUAGCCGAGCAGAGGGAGAGGGAUCAAAGGGACCAAAGGGAUCGGGAUCGGGAAAGGGAUAGGGAUCGGAAUAGGGAACGAGAUCAGACGGGCUACAUUGCCUCCUAUAGCGGCACCACAAUUGCCGGCGGAAGCUUCAGCGCCAACGGUGGCCAGGCUGCCGUUGGUGUUGGCGUCGCGGACGGCAGGAGCAGCUGCAGCAGCAGCAGUGAGCGCGACAACAAGUCCCCCUGCAGUGAGAGGGAUAGAGAGAGAGAGAGGGAGAGGGAGAGGGAUCGGGAUCUAGAGCUAAAGCCCGGCCUCACCGAGGAGGAGCAGAUUCUCACCGAGGAGGAGCAGACCAGCAGCAGCGUGAGUUCGCUAAGUGCCGGUAAUCAACGCAAUUCACAAUUGCGUUCCACUUUCAACAAGGCCAAGCAGCAUUUGUCCUUUGACAAAUGGCGCACGGCCGCCAUUGGAAGUACCACAGGUUCCGGUUCCGCUUCCGCUUCCGCUUCCAUUUCCGUUUCCGGUCAAUCCCCAUCCGCUGAGAACAGCAACAAUAUGAUUAUGCGACGGGCUAGUGCCUGCACGAUGGCCUCAACUGGCGGCGGCGGUUCAGGUGGCUCCCAAAGGGAAGAUGCCACAACACCGGGUGAAUCACCAGGCGGUCGCCUAUCCCGUUGGUUCUCCAUAAGACGAGGAUCCUCGCAUCAAUACGAUGUGGGUGGACGUGAUGGACGUCACUCUACAGCCUCCAGCUUUGAUACACCAGACUCGGGUUUGAGUGCAAGCAAGGGUGGUGGAGUUUUGGGAGGAGGAGAAGGUGGUAGAGCCGCAGGAGGAGGAGGGGGAGGAGGCACCACUGAAGCAGCGCUGGACGCCGCCUCGGCCCAGAAAUUGGCGAAUUUUGGUGCCAGCAAAAUGAUGCCCGGAGUGCCAGAGUACGAUGAUGAUGGAGGCAACUCUGCCGAUGGCAAUCGCUUUAAUAUGGACCUUAUGUUGACACCGGGCAGUCGGGCCAAUGGUACAGCUCGUACUGCCCAGAAUCGUCUCAUUGUUCCAAUGCUGCCUCCAGCUCCCGCCGGACUGUCCCAGCAGCAGCUGAAGCGUCGGCACAUUGUGGCAGCCAUUGUCCACAGUGAGAACUCGUAUGUGGCCACCCUGCAGAGACUAGUCAAUGAUUACAAGAAACCCCUGGAGGAGUGCAGUCCGCCUGUGUUGAAUCCGGUGAAGAUUGCCACUUUGUUCCAUUGUCUGCCGGAUAUCCUGCACUCCCAUAAACUCUUCCGCAUCUCCCUGGCCGAGUGCGUACGCAACUGGGAUCGUGAUGAGAAGAUUGGAGAUUGUUUUGUGGGCGCCUUUGGGAAACCGCAACUCCUGGAGAUCUACUCUGGCUUCAUCAAUAACUUUUCGGCCGCCAUGGAACUGGCCAAGAUGGAGGAGAAGCGUAAAUCAGCGUUGGCCGAUUUCUUCAAAGUCAAACAGAUUAGUGCCCAUGAUAGAUUGUCCUUUUUCGGGCUCAUGGUGAAGCCAGUGCAGCGUUUCCCGCAGUUCAUACUGUUCCUGCAGGACCUGCUGAAGUAUACGCCACAGGGACACCAUGAUCGUAUGUCCCUGCAGAUGGCUCUGUCCCAGCUGGAGCUUCUCGCAGAGCUCCUGAACGAGAGCAAGCGGGAGGCGGAGCAGUAUCAGGCUUUCAAGGAGAUGCUGGGACACAUUUCGGGCACCUUUAAUGCCCGCUCCCUCAGUCUGAGCAGCGUGAGUGUGAGUGAUUCGGCGGGUGGACAUACGCGACCCAGGUACCUGCUACGUGAGGAUAAUGUCACCCAUAUGGAGUUCAAUCAGGCUGGAUUUAUGAUCAAGUGCAAGCAGCGGCGUCUGCUCCUCCUGAAUGACAAGGUCAUUUGCGUUUCGGUGGCACCCAAGCAGUCGCAUGACUUUGGAGCCACCGAGAAGCUCACCUUCAAGUGGAUGUUCCCCGUCAACGAUGUGGAGAUUGUGGACAACACCACCUCGGCCACUUUGUCGAGGAUCCUGACAGCGGGUCUUAACCGCGGUGGCAGCCUCAAGUCCAACGGCAGCAGCAGCGCCAACGGUGGCAGUCCCUAUGCAAAUAGUACUCUGCCGGGCGGCGGCGAGGGAAACAGCUCCCGAUCUCCCGCCGCCCAGGUGGCCAAUGGACAGGCAGACAAUUUGUGCAGCGAGAUGAGCACUUUGAUGUAUGACUAUGAGGUUAUUUCACGCAUUCACGACCUGGUUGGUAGCCUAAAGGGUAGCUACAAAGAGCUAAAUGCAAAUACCACCCGCAAUGUGCUCAACCUGAUCCAAGGAUCGAUCCAGCGCAAGGACGAGGAAAUGGCCUGGGUGGACUCGUGCUGCCUCACGCUUAAUGGCCGCCACAAGUCUGGCAAGGAGGAGUCCUUCACAUUCCAAACGCAAACGCCUUCGGUCAAAAAGGAAUGGAUCACCGAGCUACGUCUGGCCCAGUUGGCCCUCGAUCCCAAUAACUCGCCAGCCUGGGAGCGUGGCGGUUCCCAUCAGCAGCCCGCCAUUCAUCACCAGCAUCAUCAGAGCUCUCCUCACACCCAGCACCAGCAUCAACAUCAUCCAGGCUCACCCGACUCCCGCCAGACGCACGAACAGCAGCAGCUCCAGGAGGCCGUCCAGCAGAAGCAAUCACGCAAGAUGCCGCUCUUUGUCAAGGCAAUGCCAGUCUACAAGUCACAGCAUCAAACCGAGGUGCGCUGUGGAUGUUAUUACAGCAUAGCCAAUGACACAAGGCAAAGCGGCAAUGCUCGACGCCGGCACAAGCAGCUAAACUAUCUAUGGAUGUGCAGCAGCGAUGGAACCUCCUCGCACAUCACCGUUCUGGCCCAGCAUCCCCAGCAGGCGGGUAACCUGCGCGAGGCGGGUUCCUUUGAUAUAUACGAGACGCAGGUUUCGGCCAUGGAAUUUGUCAAGGGAUUGGAUCAGGCAAGAGGAGCAGGAGCAGCAGGAACAGGAGCAGCAGGAGGAUUAAGUGGAGGCCCAGCAGGAGUGCGUGAGGAGCCCGCCAGCCUGCUGGACGAUCUCGUGUGGCUGGGCACAGACAGUCGAAAGAUUCUGGUCUAUUCCGCAAGGAAUCCAGAGCAGGAAGAGCAACUGGGCAGCUAUUCGGUGCCGGGAGCCGUGCAGCGUAUCCUGUACCACUUCGAUGCUGUGUAUGUGGCCCUGGCAGGAGCCACUGUCCUGAUCUUUCGCCGAGCACACGAUGGAGCCUGGCAAUUGCGUGAUCCGCAAACCAUCAAGCUGGGUGACUCGGAGCUCCCAGUGCCCAGCCUUCUGCCCAUCAACAUGUGCAUCUAUGCCUCAUGCGGCAAUCGGGUCUACGUGAUGAAUGCCCUGAAUGGCGAAAUCCAGCGGAGCUUUGAGGUCCAACAUGGAGCCAGCCAGCAGGUGAACCUGAUGGCUCACUCAGGCAUCGGCCUGUGGAUCUCGCUGAAGAACUCCACCAUGCUUUGUCUGUACCACACGGAGACAUUCAAGCAUCUGCAGGACAUCAACAUCGCAUCCAGUGUAUUGCGCAGCGAUGGCAAGAAGGAGCAGCCGUUGAACAACAGCGCCGUCUAUGUGACUGCCAUGAUGGCCUGCAAGGGAUUGCUGUGGGUUGGCACCAACGUGGGCAUAGCGGUGACUAUACCCCUACCCCGUCUGGAGGGCGUACCCAUCAUCAGCGGAGGCAUCAAUAUGUCCUGUCACGCUCACUUUGGUCCCAUCACUUUCCUGCUACCGUUGAUACCGAAGGUCUAUCCUGCCUACAAGCCGCCGGCGGCUGUUGCUCCGCCAGUGCCCAGCAUGGGCGAGGAUUUGCAGCUACCAGCCAUUGAUGCAGAUCCCAAGCUGGAUCCACUGGAGCUAGACGAUUCGACUGUGGUGGUGCUGCGACGUGACCUGGCCAAAGAGGAGGCAACACCUUUGAGUACAGACGGAGGAGGAGGAGGACCAGCAGUUGAAUCCGUGACGCCAGUGUCAGCCUCACCCCGCAGCUCUAAGCUGGACAAGCAGCACUCUCUGGAUCAGAGUUUCACGGCCAAGAUUCGAGCUUCGCUGGCCAACUCGCCGGCCUUCCAUCGCAAGCGUUUCCGUGAUGAUCCCAACAGGAUGUCCAAGACCCUGCCACGCGGUCUGGGCGCCACUGGAGCAGCAGCAGCAGCAGCUGCCGCGGCAGCUGCAGCCGGAGGAGGCACUGCAGGUGGUUCAGGCAACACCUCGCAGCACAGUGAGCAUGGCAUCUGUGAUGUCUAUGGCCUCUAUGGCAAACUGAUAUUCGUGAAGGAGGAUUACGAUGCAGAGGAAGGCAAUCAAGGCAAUCUCAUGGACAUGAUGUACGAGGGAAUGCGACGAUCUGAUCCAGAAUUGGCAGCCAUACCGGGCAAAGUUUGUACUCUGGAUAGACGACUGCGAAUGAAGGCCUCGCGACCAAGAUCCCUGGACCUAUCCAACUGGUCCGUGGACUCGAAAUCCUCCAGCUUGUACACCUCGUCGGGCAGUGAGGAGAGCAUGGGCAUCAAGCACUUUGGCGGCAGAUCCGUAUCCCGGAAUAGCAGCAGUGCCAGCCACAAGACCUCCGGCACAGGCAGUGACCUAGGCAAUAUAUCUGAGAACGGGCUGAUGACCACAGCGGAUAUACACCAUCACCAGCAGCAGCAACAGCAGCAGCAGCAACAGCAACAGCAGCAGCAGCUCCAGCUGAACAGCACGCCCAAGGGCAGCACUCCGGAGGAAGGAAGACUGGGUCCCACCACCGUUUCAGGUCUGGGACUGGACAAACCCGCUGCAGCCGCUGUGGCCACGCUGAAGCGCAAACAGAAACAAAACUCCAAGCAGCAGCAGCAGCAGAACGCCGAUGGACCUAGGACAGUGAUUACACUGAUGGGUGGGCGAGGCUAUUGGCGUCAGAUGUGGUACAACCCCUCCGCCACAACCAGUGGAUCCCCAAGCCACAAGAACAGCACUGGCGGUGGCAGUGGCGGCAGUGGGAGUAGCUCUCGCGAAGCCAUGCAGACGGGCAGUGGUAGCAAUUGCUGCUCCACCCUGACGGCCAACUCCAAUGAUGCCCACAUUGUGGUCUGGGAGAAGAAAUUAUAAUCGCAGGAGUUGGUGUGCUGCUGCACCCUUCAGCAGCAUCCGCACCAGCAUCAUCCGCCGCUCCAGGAGCUAUGGCGUUGCCAGCAGCAGCAGCAGCAGGUUCAGAUGCAGCAGCAGCGCCGGGGACGUGGGCGAGUUCGGUUUCGAGGAUCAUUUAUCCAGCGCGAUCGCAGUGCAGGACACACAGAGGAGGGUUCUGGGACAGGACCAAGUGCCGGCGGAAUGCUGAGUGCCAGCCUGAAGCGACUGACCAAACUGAAGCGUGGCGGAAGCCUGAAGGAAUUCUAAAUUCUAGAACUAAUUGCACUCUUCUCGCGGAAUGUGUACAUUAUCUACAUUAUCUCCAUUAUCUCUAUUAUCUCCAUCUUCGACUUAUUUAGUUGUUAGUGCUUAGGGUUUACACUUAAUUAGGCACAAACCACAAACACAUUACUUACUAACUUCUGUUGGCAUAUGAAUGGGUUCAUAUCUGUUCGUUCGAAUUGCUAUACUCGUUUUUGGUUCAUUUAUAAUUUAUACAUUAUAUAUUUACUUUCAUUCUCACUAUUAUAUUUCCUAAGAAAAACAUUAUUAUAGCUUGGUUCAUUUCUUAAAUCAGAUAUAUUUCUAUAUAUAUUUGUUUGAGAGAUCUCAAGUUACACAUUAUGUUUUCUUUCUCAAAACUUUUCUCAAUAUUCGACUAAACAAAAGUCAAAGCCUAGAGCCAUAGGGGAAUAUCUAUAUAUAUAUACACACAAUAUAUAUAAUUUUUUUUUCUUUUUUUUAUAUAGCUUAUAACUGAAUAUCCAAAUAUACAAAUGUUUUUUUCCUAGUUGCGUAAGGAAUAUGUUACAUAGGUUAUAAACAAAAAGGAUCAUGGGGCUAAAAUUGGGGGACAGAGCACAUUUGAGAGCGGCAAAGCCAACAAGCUAAGCGAAAAAAACAAUACAAAAAUACAAAACAAAAACAUUGUUAAAUCUAAAAUAUAAAAGAAAGAAAGAAAGAGAGUUGAUCGUGAUCGAGGGUAUCAUGGGUUCGAUUUAAAUCAAACGAAACACACAUGAAACCACACACUCAUUCACUGAAAACUCGGCAGCACCUUCCUUAUAUUAUACAUGUAUUAUAAUGAAACUAGAAUUUAAUUAAUAUAUAUACUCUCUCAUUGAUCGACUUGUGGGAAAGCAAACCGCAGUUGGUAGAGCUCUUGUGUCUGGGUAUUUGUAAAAAUUUACAACAAACAUACAUACAAAGGAGAACAAAAGGUUUUUUUCGGCACUGCAUAUAUAUUAUUAUUAUUAUAUAUGUAUACAAAAAGGGGAAUUAGUAGGGCGUACAAGGAUUAUCUUAUAUAUAUAUACACGAAAAAAUACUUAUAUAUACGAUUUACAGCUAAAGAAAUAUACAUGUGCGUGUGGAAAGAUAUAUUAUUAUUGUUUUUUUUUUUGAGAUACGAGACAUCUUUUGGAUAGUCUCCUCUCGUAGGGACAAAGUCAGGCAUAAUGCAAUUAUGCAACUUUUGAUAUCAUUGCGCGUGUAUAUAUAUUUUAUAUACAUGCAACACGCACUCAUCUUCACACACAAGUAAAUACAUAUACAUAUAUAUAUAUAUAUAUAUAUAUAUAUAUAUGAUGAAAAGUAAUAUAUUUAUCUAUAUAUCUACACACAAGCAUACAUAUUUACGCGUUCCCUCGGGGAACCCUUGUACAUGGUCCAUCCACUGAUGGAACCAUAUCUAUCCCAAGAUAAGUUGCUUGUCCGGUCCAAUGUCUAUCAGACAGCAACACAAAAAAAUAAUAAUAAUAAUAAUAAAUAAUAGAACACAGCAAGAUAAUUGAUGUAUUCAAGA